AUGGCCCGGCUCCUCGUCACCUGCAGCCUGGUGGCCCUGCUCCUCAGCGCCUGGACCGACGUCGCCUUCUCUAAGAAGGGCAAAGGCAAACCCAGCGGAGGCGCCUGGGGCACGGGGAGCCACCGCCAGCCCAGCUACCCCCGCCAGCCCAGCUACCCCCAAAAUCCCGGCUAUCCCCACAACCCCAGCUACCCCCACAACCCAGGGUACCCCCCCAAUCCCGGCUACCCCCGCAACACCGGCUAACCCCACAACCCACGGGGGGGCUACGCCAUGGGCCGUGUCAUGUCGGGGAUGCACUACCGCUUCGACAGCCCCGACGAGUACCGGUGGUGGAACGAAAACUCGGCUCGGUACCCCAACCAGGUUUACUACCGGGAUUACAACAGACCCGUCUCGCAGGACGUCUUCGUCGCCGACUGCUUUAACAUCACCGUGACCGAGUACAACAUCGGCCCCGCUGCCAAGAAGAACGCCUCGGAGGCCGGCGCGGCCGGCAACCAAACGGAGACGGAGCUGGAGACCAAAGUGGUGACCAAGGUGAUCCGGGAGAUGUGCAUCCAGCAGUACCAGGACUAUCGCCUGGCCUCCGGCAUCCGGCUGCACCUCGCCGACGCCUCCCUCGCCGCCCUCCUCCUCCUCACCCUCUUUGCCCUGCACUGA